UCGCGAGUACCUGUUUCACUGGCGCCUGUCGAAACGCGAAGCUGGGAAUUUGGGAAAAACGCUGAAAAUAUGUGGGAUACAGUAAUUCCCAUGCGUCCUUUUCUGUGAACGGAACAUAUUUGUGUUUUAUUCUCGGAUUCAGGACAGGAACAACCUAAACUCUACCCGACAUAGACAACACAAGACAAUUUAAUGUACGAGGAAGCUCAACGUCAGCGAGAAUUCUCCUUUCCCACGCGUAAGCUGAUACUAUUAUAAGUACGACUAAUGAUAGCUGAGGGGCGCGCACCAGCCUGGAAAUGAAUCCAAAUAUGUCAACCGCUGACCCCUGUGAAUUUAAAGCCGUAAUUUACGGUAUUGACGAGCAUGGACACGAAAUAUUAAAGGAGAAUUCCGAGGUUCAGAUACCUAUGUUUUUCCACCAUGUGUUAGAGUUUAAACACUUCGUCAUGGAUUUCGUUGGAGUAGAAAGCAUUGCAGAGGAGAUUGGAUUUAUUCAAUAUGAUGUGUUGCUAUAUCGUGUGAGCGACAAUAAUGAGCGCUUCGCAGUGCGGACACAGCACCAGUAUAGUAUGCAGAUGCUGAAACUGCGUGCAAACAGAAAUGACAUACUUGAAAUAAUGAUCUGUAAGAAGAUCAUUGCAUGUGUCAAAGGUCGACCGGGGUCAAUUUUAAUUGUUCCCACGGUAUCAGGAGGUCAGACGAUGAGACGAGACCCGGAUGUUCAAUAUUCGGUGGUAUUCCAGAAAGAAGACCAAAUGGAAGAAUCAGCAGUUCCAUUGACGCAUAACAACAUCGGCAUGCCAGAAAGGAGGCGCAAGAAGAACCCGCAAAGGCUGAAGAUGACGAUUUGUUCGACAAGAUCCGACGAACCGACGUCGUCCAGAGGAACAACCGGCAACAGGCAACGUUUAACGAACUGGCAGCCAUGUUGAAAGAGCUGAACAAUUCCACCCCGGUCUCGGAGGGCAAGUUCUUGUGUGGUAACUGCGGCAAGGAACGACUGGUGUGUCCCAACCGUAACAAUGUCGGAAGAGUCAAGUACUUCCGCCGGAAGCACUAUGACACUUGCGUGGCUUCCGGUGGCAGAGGGAAACAGAGGGUCUCAAGCCAAAAUCGGCCGUUCAGCGUCAUACCCUUUGAUUGCGACGAAUCUAUCGAAGGAAGUCGAGACGAGCCCGAGUCUGUCGAUGAAACGAUGGGAUCAGAUGUGUCAAGGGAGAUAACUCCAACUAAAGACAUGAUUAAUACCGUUCCAGGUUUAGUCCAUUCCGAUGUAGUGUAUGUAAAGCAAGAGUGGAAUUCUUAAUAUGCAACGUUUUGUUGGGAAAUAAGUCGUGCAAGACAAUUAAGAUGCAUUUUGAUGAAAUUAAAGUGCACUGUAUGAUAC